AUGGCUCCAUGGUGGAAACGAGGCUGGCUUCAUGUUGCGCCCGAGGACCACUUGAACCGGGGUCGCGACGGGGACACUCUGUCUGACAAUAUUGAUGCCUACCUGAAACGUCAGGAGCUAAACCCAGCUGACUUUCCUCACGUCUAUCUGCUCACUUCACCGCGCUUCGUCAACUACGUAUUCAAGCCGGCGUCGUUUUGGUACCUCUACACGGCAGACGGGAAGCUCAAGUAUGUCGUCGCAGAGGUCAAUAAUACGUUUGACGAGCGGCGCAUGUACUUGUUCCCGGCUGCUGAAGAUGUCGGCAUGUUUAGGCAGACGCUGGACAAGGACUUUCACGUGUCUCCGUUUAGUUCGAGGAAGGGCUCGUAUGUGCUUUCUACCACAAGCCCGGCCGAGCAGGACGACGUUUCAGUCACCAUCACCCUGCGCUCGUCAAAGGGCCAUCCUAAACUUAUCGCCCGUUGGUGGUCUGACGCGCCUGCGAUGGAUCCGUCGGACCUGUCGACACUCGCGUCUCUGUGGCUCCUUAUCUCCUGGGGGUCGACUGUCCUGACUACAUUCAUGAAAAUUGUAUUCCAGGCAAUCGUGCUGGCUCAAGUUCAUAAACUACAGAUUUGGUAUCGCCCAGAACCAAGAGAGUCGACUCUGCCACGCCGUUCAUCAUCGACAGAGACGUUCCUAGCAUCCAUCUUUCUCCAAUAUCUCCAGCACCUGCUUGACGUGGCGUCAAACAAGUACAGGCUCACAACACGAUCCAUUGGGGGCAACGGGGAACAGUGUUUGCAAAACUACAUUUUCCUGAAUUUGAAGAUUGUGCAAGAGGAUGACCCUGAGGCGUUCGACUUGAGGAUUCACACGCCUCAAUUCUUUCGUCACUUGAUCACCCAUAAGAAGCUGUCCGACCUUUUGUCGUACACUUUGCUGGAUCCGUACGAGGAGAAUCGCACCGCCUGGUCUGAUGAUGCACAGAGCCUCAUCAGUAUCAUACAGGACCUCGAAAAAGCCCUGCAGAAGCAAAGACCUGGAAAGAGAUGGAGUCUCAAGGAGGCCCUUUACAACGUGCCUUGGGCAGCAUACAUGCACCUCCGCUGCACUCAGCCGUUGACAGCUGAAAAGAGAUGGAUUCUGCUUCUUAGAUGA